AUGCACAUACCGAUUGACCCAGGUUCGUCGGCGUCGCCUCCUGCGGGGGCCGGCGGACCCAACUCCCUACCGGUUUCUCUCGACCACCCUGCCGAAGAGCAUGACGCCCCUGGUCCAACGAAGCCUUCUCAGCCUGUCGCCACUUUGCCGCCACCCUACACUGCUGCGGACGUGCCAUCACAGACGACGGGGGCAGUCGCAGGUUCAUCAGAUCAGGUCUCACCGCAACCACAGGAUGCUCCUACCAAGACCCAGACUACCUUUCUCGCUCAGGUAGGAAGAUGGUUUGAAGCCCACAAGUUUGCAGCCAGUUGCAUCGCGCUCUUUGUUGCUUUUGCCGGGCUGCUGGUCGCCAUCAUCUCCGUGUUCCCUAGCUUCAAAAGCCAGUAUUUGUCUGAAGAGGCACUAGAGCUCUCCCGCUGGACAGCUUUCAAGGAUUAUAUCCAGGUGUGCAGUGAACUUGUGGAAGCUGGGACAGCUACGCCAGAGUGCGAGAAGGCUGCACAUGCCUUACUCCCGCCGCCGCCUCAGAUGAACGAGCGCAGCCUCGGGCCCUACGAACGCCUCCGACGCCGGUUCAACAGACCCCCGCUUGUCAAGUGGGCCGAUUAUGAUGCAUUCCCGAUGUUCCCGAUGAGCAGCAGCAACCCACAGCUUGGCCCCUCGGUCUCUGUUGUGCUCACCUUUGCUGGGGCAGUAUGUUAUUUCCUGAUUGUCUACAAGAUCAUACAUCUUAUGAUCAGGCUUCGUCGGCUCAGACAGGGCAAGUAUUACGGAAAGUGCUCCAACACCGACCCACGCAGCAUCCUUGCCAAUCCGGACUAUGCACCAGUGCGGUCGGAACAGGCCGGGUUACGCACAGGGUAUUCCUACCGCACUGCCACGCGUUUGUUCAGGAGAAGCUAUCAUCCGGAGCUGGCGUGA